CCAACUUAGCACGUCCACCGCUGAUCACAACGGCCGCUGACUUAGUUGCUCGACGCUCAUCCGCCACGGACAGUCUGAUGGAGCCAUUAGCGUUGCCAGAAGAUUCCAAACAGAAACAAGAUGCUAUUCGCAAGGAAAUCGCGCGACUCCAGGGUCAGCUCCAGUCUGACGUCUCCGUCUCGCCAAAGAAGAACACGAAGCGGCAACUAGGGAAUACGCUGGCGCCUUCAACACCGUCUCCAAAAAAGAAGCGAAAGAUUUCUGAAACCGGUACUGACUCAGCUAUGCCGCGCCAGCCACAUCCAGCAGCCAAAGCACCAAUUCCUUCAUCGUCCAAAGUUGCGACACCAUUGCCUCCAAAACCUGCACCCUCAGCUGUUUUGGCCAAACUGGCGAAAAACAAGUCCCUUAGCCCCGACGACGAUGACGGAGAGGUUGAGCCCUUGCGAUCAGCAGCAUUUACGGACAAGCCUGCCGAGGUGAAACCAACAGCUGGACCGCAACGCGAUGAAAGGCUAGCUCUCAUCGAAGAUUUCGAACCGGGCCCUUACGACCACAAGCCACCAUUCGACGACCCCAAUUUUGAGCAACUGGAACCAAAUUCGGGUAUACGGCUUUCCUCUCGUAUCCUUCCACAUGAGGACCUACAAGAUCAUUUGACAGGACGUUUCUACAUCUCCCCGUCCCGACUCUACUCAUGCGUCCGACUUCUUCCUGACAAGCGAGGCUAUGAUGUCCCUGUGUGCGGUGACUGGAUUACCAUUGCGGUCGUCGCCGAACGUGGUCCUAUCAAGUUCAGUAAAGCACAUGUGACCAUCGAAGCAGACGACGAAGGGAAGAAAACAGACGCGAAAGGGAAAGGGAAGCAGAAAGAGCCACCCAAACCAUCAGGCAAGAAGUACGUCAACAUGAAGCUCGUCGACUUUGGUUCGAGGUCACGCUCGGCAUCUUCUGCAACUGGGGGCAAAGCAGUCAUACGUGGGGAUGCGUUUUUGUCGUUGUCGUUGUUUGAGUCGGACGGGUUUGAUGUAGAGACGCGAGAGAAUGGUUCGAAGGGGAAGGUUUACAAGGGCGGUAGCCGAGGUGCCUUUGAAUCAAUGUCGAAGUUGAAGGAGGGCGAUGUCAUUGCGCUGAUGAAUCCCAAAAUUUUAAAACCAUUUCAGCAUUCAACAAGUAGUCCCCAUCCCACAAACAAUAUCCUCGCAUUGACACCGGAAUCUGUUGGCACGAUCACUGUGAUAGGCCGAGCAAAAGACCUGGGAAUGUGCACAGUCCUCAAGCGCGAUGGGUCAGUGUGUGGUUCAUGGUGCGACAAACGCGUGAGCGAUGUCUGUGAAUGGCAUGUCCAGAAUGCUGUCGAACGUCGUCGCGCUGCACGUCCUGAAUUCUCUGCUUCGACAUCUGGCAUGUCAAACACCGCAAUCAAGAAACGCAAACCGGCUUACGAUCCUGCGCGGCAAUGGGGUCUGAAGCCGGAGGACGCGGAUGGAUCAGCGACCUACGUGGUCUCAGGACACGUCGUCAAAGGCUCGGACAGGCUAAAGCUCAGCGGCUACGCGCCUAAAGAUGCGGAUAAGGCCCUCAAAACCCUUUUGGACCGAGAUAAGGAGGGUAUGAAAGCGGUGAUUGCAGCUAGGGAGUUUUCUCAGAAGGAGGAUAGGAAAGGGAAGGAGGAUGGGAAGAAGAGGAAACGGAGAGAUAAGGAAGAAGCUCCCAAGGACGAAUUGAGGACGAAAGAGAGUACUCCGAAGAGCCAUUAUAGCGCAGAGAUGGUCAAGCAACUGGGGUUCAAUCCCGCAGCGAGAACGGGUCAGCCUCGGGAAGAUCCUCAUUUGAGGCAGAAGAAUUCCUUUUCAUAUUUACCUGCACUGUACCGACAACCCUAUACGCGAUGUAUCACUGCGGUAGGUUUGGCUUAUGCAGUAGGGAGUGUUUUCGUUUUCUUCUACCCUUUUCGAGUUAACCACAGCGAGUAUUUCAUAGGGAUGUAAAGCAUGUACGAAGAGUGCAGGGUCAGCG